UUUCUCCCCACUGCCCUCGGGGGUAGCCCUAUCAUCUCGCCAAAAAAUCGGGCCAGGGGCUCUUGUGACGUUGAAUCGAACCAGGAGGGGUCAGGGCCUGUGUAGGGGAUGGAGCGCGAUCAUCCCACGGUCCGGAGGCGGGUUGGGUUUCUGCAAGUCCAAGCUGCCCCAAAUGGGCAGGCCCCUGGGGCCCCAGAAGAAGGGAAACGUCGCAGGGGUGGCUGGCUUACUCGGGGGAAGGGAAGGAGGUCGUGGAGGGCGGAGAAUGCAGGUAACCCCCCUCAAGUCCAGGUGUGCACACGCCCCUCCUCCCGGCCCCCUACGUUAUAGUAACACAACAAUCUCUUUAGACAGAGAUUCGAGAAGACCUGAGGGGUGAGCUGCAACCUGAAGGGACUGCCGUAUGGAAUUCCAGCGGGGGUGGAGGUGGGGGAGGAGCAACAGGGAGGUGAUGAGUACAAGGGUCCCAAAGGAGGCCACUGGGCCGAAACACAGUAAAGAAAGGGAGGGUGGUAUGGUUUGAGACUGGAGGGGUGGACAAGUCCAUGUCCAUCUCAGAGCCUCAGUUUCCUCAACUGUGAAAAGGGGUGAUGCUUCAAGGAGAUGCUGCACACAAAGGGCCUGACCUGCUUGGGUUCACACCUCAUCCCCAUGACCUGUAGCAGUAUUAAUGGUGCUGUGCCUGGAUAUGUCACUGGGUGUGGACAUGCACCCCCAGAUACCACCCUAGGGCAGAAGUAGGUCUGCCAGCAGACAUGUGUCCAGUUUCACCCACUAUAGCUGUGGGCACAAUCACCUCAGCACCAACUGACCCCUACAGGCACCAACCCCUCUCCCCUGUCUCUUUCUCGGGCACUGCAGACAUCCUCAAGUCCCCCGAUUGUCUUGGUGAUGGGUGGUCCAGGCUGCGGCAAAGGGACACAGUGCAAAUACAUGGCAACCAAGUAUGGCUUCUGCCACAUGGGGCUGGGCCAGCUGCUGCGGCAGGAGGCCCAACGGGGCACCCAGCAGGGCCGGAAGGUCCAUGACCUCAUGCUGCAGGGAUCCCACCUGCUGGUCCCCAUGGUGGGCUGGGCCCCCAACGUCAUCAUCACAUUUGACUGUUCGAUGGAGACGAUGAUGGAUGCCCUAAGCCAGGACCACAUGGAACACUGGGCAGAUGACUGUGAGGCGGCCCUCCUCUAGCACCUGGAGACGUACUACACCCUGUACGGACCUGUCCUGACCUUCCACCAGUAGAAGAACCUGCUCCGAAAUGGGACAGUGCCCCCAUGCAGUCUGUGCGGCCGAGUGAGUGCCCAGCGCUGUGUGGCCUUUCUAACCGUUUCCCCUCCCCUCACCUGUGUGGCCCUGGGGCUGCACCUGUCAGUCCUGCUCAAGCAACUGGAAGGGGAACCUGCUCUCCCCUCGUGUGAGGGAGAGGUGUGGGGGCCAUGA